AUGAAGUUUACUCUUUUCUCUCUCCUCGCGGCUGCUUCCCUUGUCGCUUCUCAGGAACUCCCCGUCUGCGAAUCUGGAGCCCUGAAGUGCUGCCGCGACGUUGUGCAGUACUCUGAACUGCCCGAUUACGUGCAGGAAUACUAUGGCAUUGACCCCGAGCUGAAUGACGCGAACGCAUGCUCGGAUGGUAUUGACCUCCUCAACGAAUUCGACGUCGCGCGCUGCAGUGCUAACGGCGAGUCGCUGCAAUGCUGCGGCGCGUUCGUUUCCGCUCGGCCUCCGAUCGAGGGAGAGAACAUCAUUCUCAACUGCGAGGACGUUCACCAAUACUAA